UUGCACAACACUAUUUUUCUAGAAAAUUCGGGUACGAACUGGGAAGUGCGGCUAACCGGCGUUCAUUCGCGAUUGAUUGAGUGAUUGUCAUCUAAAGCAACGUGUUAUUAUCCUCUGAUUCUUGUGGAGAAAAAUUAAAUUUCGUCAAGUUCAGAGUUGAAUUAAUUAAAAAUUGUUCAUCGUAAUGGCUGCUAUGUCCGUCAUUGGUAUUGAUUUCGGCAAUGAAUCCUGUUACAUUGCUGUUGCAAAAGCAGGUGGUAUUGAGACAAUAGCUAACGACUAUAGUCUUCGGGGUACUCCAUCAUGUGUAGCAUUCUCGCCAAAGAAUCGAAUAUUAGGUGUAGCUGCAAAAAAUCAGAUGGUAACAAAUAUGAAGAAUACUGUAUUUGGUUUCAAAAGAUUGCUUGGAAGAAAAUUUUCUGAUCCAUUUGUCCAGAAAGAGUUGAAACAUAUUCCUUUUAAAGUAGAACAAAGACCUGAUGGUGGUAUUGGAAUUAAAAUUAAUUACCUUGGUGAAGAUAAUGUAUUCAGUCCAGAACAGAUCACUGCAAUGUUGUUUACAAAACUAAAGGAUAUUGCCACCACAGCUUUACAAACUCAGAUUAAUGAUUGUGUUAUAUCUGUACCUAGCUACUUUACAAAUGCUGAAAGAAAUGCACUUUUGGAUGCAGCUGCUAUUGCAGGACUGAAUGUGCUACGCCUUAUGAAUGAAACUACUGCCACUGCCCUUUCAUAUGGUAUUUAUAAACAAGACCUCCCUGCUCCUGAGGAAAAGCCAAGGAAUGUGGUGUUUGUUGAUUUUGGUCACAGUUCACUACAGGUUUCAGCAUGUGCCUUUAAUAAAGGAAAAUUACGUGUGUUGGCUACUGCAUCAGAUCCUCAGUGCGGUGGAAGAGACAUAGACAUGGGCUUAGCCGAAUAUUUCGCUCAAGAUUUUAUUACUAGAUUUAAAUUGGAUGCUAGGAAAAAUCAAAGAGCUUACCUUCGACUCCUGCAAGAGAUUGAAAAACUGAAAAAGCAGAUGUCGGCUAAUAGUACUCGGCUACCACUUAAUAUUGAGUGUUUCAUGGAAGAACGCGAUGUCUCUGGUGAUAUGCAGCGUGCACAAAUGGAACAAAUUUGUGCUGAGACUUUUACUCGAGUUGAAAGAACAUUGAGAGCCAUACUUCAUAAUGCAAAAUUGAGACCUGAAGAUAUCUACUCAGUUGAAAUCGUUGGUGGUUCUACAAGAAUACCUGCUGUGAAAGGAUUGAUUGAACAAGUAUUUGGAAAACAUGCAUCAACUACUUUAAAUCAGGACGAGGCGGUAUCGCGGGGCUGCGCGCUGCAAUGCGCGAUGCUGUCGCCGGCGGUGCGCGUGCGCGAGUUCUCGGUCACGGAUGUGCAGCCCUACGCCGUGCGCCUCGCUUGGGACGCUGCUCGCGGCGAGGACACCGACAUGGAGGUAUUCCCGGCUUUCCAUCCUGCGCCAUUCUCAAAAAUGUUGACAUUCUACAGAAAAGAACCAUUUACAGUGAGCGCUUAUUACUCAGACCAAGUACCCUACCCAGAUACUUUCAUUGGUCAAUGGCAUAUCAAGGAUGUUCAACCGACAUCAGAGGGAGAGUCACAAAAAGUAAAACUUAAAGUGCGAGUAAACAUUCAUGGCAUUAUAACUGUGGCAUCAGCCUCGUUGGUUGAAAAGAAGCAAGAUGCAUCUCAAACGGAAAGUAUUGAGAUGGAGAAUGCCAAUGAGAACGCGCAGAACAAUCAGGAUGCCCCUAUGGAAACAAAUGGUAGUCCUCAAGAGCAACAACAAAAUGGACCCGAGACCCAAGAGGUGAGAGAAGAUGAAAUGAAGGGGGAGCCGCAACAAAAACAGUCGUGGACACAGAAAGUAGGCCAGUGGUUCAGCGGGGAUAACAAUGACGACAAAAAGGACAAAUCAAAAGAAAAGCCAAAAAAAGUUCUUGUGAAAACAAUUGAAUUACCGAUUGAUGCUAGGACUCAUGGAUUCUCACAGCAGGAGCUCAAUGCUUAUGUGGAACAAGAGGGCAAAAUGCAAGCUCAAGACAGACAAGAAAAGGAACGUGCUGAUGCGCGAAAUGCACUUGAAGAGUAUGUAUAUGAGUUGCGUGGCAAACUCUCUGAGGGCGAAGCUCUGCACGAUUUUGUCGCGGAGGAUCAACGUACUCGACUUGUCAAUCAACUGGACUCUUUGGAACAGUGGCUUUAUGAUGAGGGUGAAGACCAGAAUAGACAGGUGUAUAGCGACAAAUUGACAGAGUUAAAAACGGAAGGCGAACCCAUAAAGCAACGGAGAUUGGAGUUUGAACUACGCCCUGGAGCAUUAGAUGAUUUUGCUCUAGCCAUUCAAUUAGCAAACAAAGCUUAUGAUUUAUACAAGGGUGGUGAUGCAAAAUAUUCACACUUAUCUGAAGCUGAUAUACAGAAGGUGGUGGAAGCUUCUAAGAAUGCACUGAACUGGCUCGAAAGCGCACGUCAAACACUUGCUCACACGCCUCGCUAUCAGGUGCCACCUCACACCACGCAUCAAAUUCGUCAGGAACGACAGAACUUCGAAAACAUAGUAAAUCCUAUCUUGAAUAAACCCAAACCUAAAGAAAAGACGCCUCCACCUAGCAAUCCAACUGCGGGUGACGGGCAGCCAGCCGCCAGCGACUCGCAGCCCAGUGAGAUGGAUGUCGAGUGAAUGACCUCCAUAACCGCCACCUCACGUGAUAUUGUAUCAUAAUACUAAAUAAUGACUAUAGAAACAAUUAUACCUUCACAAACUAAUGUCGAUGCACAUUGCCACUGAGACAUUUCAUCAUGUUGCCAUUUAAUGUGCUUGUUUUAAAUUACUCUGUGUCAUGUAUGUUGACUCCCAAUGCAAUUGUGGUGUCGUGAACUCCGUUAUUAUUUAGUUUUAUGCAAGUACCAUGUUGGUUCAUUAUAUAAUAUGAACGGACCGUUAAAUUUUAGUUAAUAUUUAUUUUUAAUUCAAAUGACAGAGUGGCUGAUUAUGGUUUGUGUUACUUAUCACUUAUAAUAUUAAAGUAUCAAGGAUAUCUCACUUAAUUAGACUUUUAAUGGAAUAAUAGAUACGCAUUUCUAAUUCAACACUGAAAGUAUUAACAUAAUUUUGUUAUUUUUUUAUACACCUGGUGCAUUUUUCUGCAACUUGCAGAUUUCCUUUUAUGUGAUAUAAUAAAAAUGAAUUUAGUCACGAAUAAUAAAAUUAGCAAAUAAAAUACUAUUCUAAUUUCAAAAUACCACUAAAAACUAUUUUUAGUUAUUUAAAUACAUAUAUUCUAUAUUGAUUGAUGAUUUUUCUGUUCUACAGUGUUCAAAAAUAAUGAUUUAUAUCAUAGCAGAAUGUAAUAUACAUAAUAUGUAACAAUAAAUACUACUGAAAAUUCUUAAUUAAAAUAAUGAGCCUUGAUUAUCAAUUCCAUAAUAAAUAUUAUUUCAUCACAUAUAAACUCAAAUAUUUAAAUUAAAUUUUUUUAGAAAAUUGACUUGGCUCAUAUGUCGAUUAAUUUGCAAAUUACUCAAGAUUUUUUUUUUUUCGAUUCUACAGUAAUACCAUUCCAAAAUGCAUGUUCACAUUCUUAUUUUGCGAUAAUGCACUGAUCAAAAAUUUUAAUAGAAAACAUACAUUAAUUAAAAAGAAUAUUUAGUAAUUAUUAAUCCCAUAUAAAGUGAAGUAGAACAAAUCAAUUUUAUUUUCAAUAUAUGAUAUUUCUUCAUUGCAUUGACGUAAAGUAAGAGUGAAAUAAGACACUGGUGUUAACUCUCAUAAUUUGAGAAUUAGAAUUUUUUUGUGUUGUUUCUACUAUAGCCUCGGAAUUUCAGUUCACUUCAAAUUAAAGUGAAAGUUUAUACAUUUUUAUAUUUUAAAAUAUCAAUGCUAACAAUUUAUAAUUAUUGGCAAAGCCAUCGUAAUCAAGAUUGUAGAUAGUUCCUUGAAAAUUCAAACUUGGGAUGCUUCUGUUCCUAUCCAACUUGUAAUUACGCGCGCUUUAUAUGAAUUCUAAUUUAAAACAGUACCUAAUAGUAAACUACUUAGAAUGGAACACCAGUUGAACAUGAACUGGAUAGUACAGAUGUCAUGUAAAGUUGUAUAUUUAUUUAAAAACUUUAAAAUUUAUGUUAACAACACAUUAAUUAAUUUCACUGCUGUAUUCUUUGGCCUACGUUGUUCAUUUCAAAAUAUGGUUCAACCAUUGCUAUGUUAUUUGUGCAUUUUAAUGUUAAAGGCUUAGUAAAACAAAUUAUUUAACAACAA